GCGCCUGCGCACCACGUCACGCCCGGGCGGGGGCUGAGUGGGGGCGCCGCGCCUGCGCAAAGCGGACCCGCGGACGGAGGCGUUGGCGGGACGCGGAGGUCCUGGGCUCCCCGACCGAGGUAUAUCUCCAUGAAUAACCUCAAUGAUCCCCCAAGUUGGAAUAUCCGGCCUAAUUCCAGGGCAGAUGGUGGUGAUGGAAGCAGAUGGAAUUAUGCCCUGUUGGUUCCAAUGCUGGGAUUGGCUGCUUUUCGUUGGAUUUGGUCUAGGGAAUCCCAGAAAGAAAUAGAAAAAGAGAGAGAAGCCUGCCGUCAGAGAACUACUGCUUUUCAACAGGAUCUGGAAGCCAAGUACCAUGCCAUGAUCUCAGAAAAUCGGCGUGCUGUUGCUCAGUUGUCCUUGGAACUCGAAAAGGAACAGAACAGAACAGCUAGUUAUCGAGAAGCCCUUAUCUCUCAGGGGCGCAAGCUGGUAGAAGAGAAGAAGCUUCUGGAACAGGAACGGGCCCAGGUGAUGCAAGAAAAAAGGCAAGUGCAGCCUUUGAGAAAUGCAUAUUUGAGCUGCCUGCAAAAGGAAGAAAACUGGCAAAGGAGAGCCAGGCUUUUGCUGAAAGAGUUUGAAGCUGUUCUCACGGAAAGGCAGAAUAUCUACUGCAGUCUGUUUCUUCCUCGCAGCAAGCGGCUGGAGCUAGAGAAGAGCUUACUGGUGCGAGCGUCCGUCGACCCCGUUGCCGCUGACCUAGAGAUGGCAGCCGGUCUCACCGACAUAUUUCAGCAUGAUACAUAUUGUGGUGAUGUCUGGAACACCAACAAACGCCAGAAUGGCAGACUCAUGUGGCUCUAUCUCAAAUACUGGGAACUAGUUGUCGAACUGAAGAAGUUUAAGAGAGUAGAGGAAGCCAUACUAGAAAAGUAAGACAAGGAUAAAAUAAAACUGCUUUUAGUGACGCGAGGCCGGGCAGUCAUGAGCCUUCUGGGUCUCUGGCAUCGUCUGUCCCCUGCUGCCUGUGUCAUGGCCACACCGCCACCCUUCAGCGACCUCCACUCCCGCCACCCUCGGAGCAGAAGUGCCCGAAGCCUCGGAGACAGAGGGCUUCCUCCUGACGCUCUGCAGCUGCUGGGGAUGUGGUUUCUCUGAAGCAUUUGUAAGCUGCCAGUAUUGUAUCAAGCAGAACAGUGUAACCUCGUAUUUUAGCUCCAGGGUAAAAAUGUUUUUUUAAAAAGUCAAAUACAGUUCUGGUCCUUACCACAAGUACUUUUCUGUGUUUCAUCACUCCCUAAAUACUUUCUCCUCAAAUUAUUUUUCUCUCUCACCAGAUUACAUUAAGAAUUUGUCAGAUAAUGUGUAGAACUGCAUAACAGAUGAUAAUAGAAAGUAGUAAUAUUAUGUUAUCAAGGUUUUUUAUUUUAAAGAUCUCUCUCCCAUAAAGGGGAAAGAAACACCAAGUG